UUUAAUUCUCAUCUUUGUGCAUUUUCAUUGAAAUGAACGUGAGAAAAAUCAGUAAUAUCAAUAAAUUAUUGAAGACACAAAUCGAUUAAACAGACCUCCACCCUUAAUGUGCCGCUUUAUGAAAAGACUUGUUCGGGAUACCUGUGGCAUUCUACUUGAGCCUGCAGUGCACGUCCGCUGAAUUACGCGCGUGUUUUGACAAAAUGGAUGCCGAAAGAGAGUCAAAAAGACUSUGUGUUGAAAAAAUUGAAUGCCAAAAAGCCUUAGACGACUYAAUCUCUGAACAAGAUGACGACCGAGAGUUUAAAGACAUCAAAAUGGAUGAAGGAGACAGCGAUAAUGACUCCGUCGUUAGCAGUUCUAACUCGACAAGCUCAACGACAACCUCGUCAACGAUGAAAAGAAACUUUGCACGCGGAAAGCGAAGAAAGAAGAAGAAGGCAGUUGCGUUUAGAUGCUCGAAUUUUCUGAAGGAGGACCACAAGCAGCCAUUAUUUUCAGUGCAAUUCAACUAUUUUGUGAAAGAUGAAGAAUCUGAUUCUCAUAUUUUUGCAACAGCUGGAAGUAACAGGGUUACUAUUUAUCAGUGUGAAGACAAGGGAUCUAUCAAGUUAAUACAGGCUUAUGUUGAUGCUGACUCAGAAGAGAGUUUUUAUUCAUGUGCAUGGACAUGCAGCCCCAACACAGGSGAACCACUGAUUGCUGUUGCAGGAAACAAAGCUGUUAUAAGAUUUAUUAGUCCUAUAAGUAUGAAGUGUAUAAAGUACCACACAUAAGUCAUAUUGAGAUUAGGUUUAAUUCCCAUAAUGCUUUUAGAUCAUAGUCUUCGGUUAUGGAAUGUCAAAACAGAUGCUCUUAUUGCCAUAUUUGGUGGUGUUGAUGGACACAGAGAUGAAGUUCUUAGUGUCGACUUUGAUAUUCUUGGAACUAAACUCAUCUCGUGCGGUAUGGAUCAUUCAUUAAAAAUGUGGAAUUUAGAGACUGAUACAAUAAAAGAGGCUUGUAAGAGUUCUUAUUCAUAUGAUGCCAACACUGCAAAAAAACCAUUCAAAACUGCCCAUAUCCACUACCCAAACUUCACCACAAGAGAUAUUCACAGAAAUUAUGUUGAUUGUGUUCGAUGGCUGGGUGAUCUUGUCUUAUCAAAGUCAUGUGAAAACUGUGUUGUGUGUUGGAAGCCAGACACCAAACUUGAAGAAAUUCUGCAAAAGACUGGAAAUAGUGACCAUGGUGUUGAAGUGCUCCACAGGUUUGAUUUCCAUCAAUGUGACAUUUGGUACAUGAGAUUCUCAUUGGAUUAUGAGCAAAGGGAGGGAUGUCAAGUUCCUUGA